GUCAGACAAAGCAUCAAAAUGGCAGCCGCAGCAGUCCAGAUUCCCACCGGAGACAUCCACUCUUUCCCAGGCUCCAACGCCUCUUCGUCUGCCCCGCAGACGCAGUCGCAGUAUCAACCCCAGCAGGAGCAGCCGCAUGACGUGCACACGGUUCUCAACUACAUCAAGGAAGUCGAGGACGGGUCACAUCUCACGCCUAACUACGUGGGUCAGGCCAACACCUUCGACCGGCCCUCGAACACCGUGUCGACGACGAUCCACGACGUGUCCGGUCAUGAAGCCGAGCAUACGCUGGACAGCCACGGGUUCCAGUUCCAUCCGCACAUCAGCGCGGAGAAGGAAUUCCUCGACGACGAGAAGAUCAAGCGAGUGUAUUAUCCGGAAGUGGACCAGUUGUUGAAAGACGUAACCGGCGCAACACGCACCUUCAUCUUCGACCACACAAUCCGCCGCCCGUCACCGGACCAAACCCAGCUACGUGCCCCAGUCCACAGAGUCCAUAUCGACCAGUCCUACCCAGCCGCCAUCUCACGGGUAUCACACCACCUCCCGAACGAAGCCGACACCCUCCUGAAGGGCCGCUACCAGAUCAUUAACGUGUGGCGACCGCUGAAGACUGUCCGCCGGGACCCGCUGGCCGUGGCGGCCGCGCACACCGUCGACGACGCCGACCUGAUCCCCAUCAAGCUGAUCUACCCCGACCGCGAGGGCGAGACCUACGCCGUGCGCGCAAACCCGGCGACCAAGUGGUACUACCGGUGUGCGCAGACGCCCGAGUGGGUGACGCUCAUCAAGUGCUUUGAUAGCAAGACGGACGGCCGCGCGCGCCGUGUCCCGCACAGUGCGUUUGAGGUGCCGGGCACGGAGGGCGAGGAGGCGCGCGAGAGUAUUGAGGUGCGGGCUUUAGUGUUUACGCCGGAGGAUCGUGAGUAGACAGUUUGGUUUCCUUGGAAGAGGGAUCGUGG